CGGUUGAAUCCAGUGUAAACAUGAACGUGUUCCGUCUGGCCGGUGACGUGUCGCAUCUGCUGGCCAUCAUCAUCCUGUUCCUGAAGAUCUGGAGGUCCAAGUCCUGCUCAGGUAUUUCAGGGAAAUCGCAGGUUCUGUUCGCGCUGGUCUUCACCACCAGAUAUCUGGACCUGUUCACCUCCUACAUCUCCAUCUACAACACGGUCAUGAAGCUGGUGUUCCUGGUGCUGGCCUAUGCUACUGUUUAUCUGAUUUACGUCCGCUUCAGGAACUCGUAUGACAGUGAGAACGACUCCUUCCGGGUGGAGUUCCUGUUGGUCCCUGUGGCUGGACUGUCUUUCCUGGAGAACUACUCCUUCACUCCCCUGGAGAUCUUGUGGACAUUUUCCAUCUACCUGGAAGCCGUGGCCAUCCUGCCGCAGCUGUUUAUGAUCACAAAGACGGGCGAGGCUGAAUCCAUCACCACACACUACCUGUUCUUCCUGGGACUGUACCGCACCCUCUACCUGGGUAACUGGGUGUGGCGCUACCACACCGAGAGCUUCUUCGACCAGAUCGCUGUGGUGUCUGGAGUCGUGCAGACCAUCUUCUACUGCGACUUCUUCUACCUUUACUUCACCAGAGUGCUAAGAGGAAGCGGGAAAAUGUCUCUGCCAAUGCCAGUGUGAGGAACCAGCACGGCCCCGCCUCCUCUCCCCGUCUCCAUAGCGACAUGUCUCCGCCCACACACUCUGGCUGGUUCACAGCGACUCCGACUCCCAGUGCAGAUCUACAGCCCGUAUCCAUGUGCCUUAUUGUUCAGAGGAAUGAUUUAUAGAUCAGUGAUUUUAUACUCCAACGACUUUUAUAUCAAUUACUCAAUCAGAUUCUGUCUUCCUUUUAGUGUGUGUGUGUGUGUGUGUGUGUGUGUGUGUGUGUGUGUGUGUGUGUGUGUGUGUGUGUGUGUGUGUGCGUGCGUGCGUGUGUGUGUGUGUGCGUGCGUGUGUGUGUGUAAUAGAGCUUUAAACAGCAUUUUAUCCAUCACUCCAUGUUCAAAAGUUCAAAAAUAUGUGGACACACUUUCUAUCAUCAAGAGCAGCAGUUUUAGCCACACCCAUUGAUAACAAGUCUAUAAAAUCAACCCUGUAAGCUCAAUGAUUAGUUUGGGGAAGGGCCUUUCCUUGUUCCAGCCCUGCUGCACCUUAUUCAUUCACUGUCUGUUUUAUUACCGCUUUAUCCUGGUCAGGGUCGCUGUGGGCCUGAUUUACACCCCAGAUUGCCAGUUCAUCAAAGGGCAAACACACACUCAUACCUAGGGCAAUCUCCAAUUAACCCACACAGACACGGGCAGAACAUGCAACUCCACACAGUAAGGACCCAGACCGAUCCACCAGGGAUUCGAACCCAGGACUUGCUGUGAGGCGACAGUGAUACCCACCGAGACGUCAUGCCGCCCCUAUUUAACAUCUGUUGGAUGCAUUGGAACAUCUACUGUCAGCCAAGCCGGUUAUGAGGGACGUGGAGGCGACUCUAUAUUAAUGCGGAGGGUUGUCCUGAGCACACGAACAACUGUUUGUAUUCCAUUAAUAAUUAAUCCAUAUUUUUUAGAUUGAUGUGAUCAGCCGGGCGUAUUAACAGUGUUUAAAAUAGCGCUGAAUUAGUGUUAAAUAAAGCAAUAAGCCACGAGAGGCCGUGCGUCUUCAUGACGUUCCCCGUGCUAAAAUCAUAGCAGUAACUUCUUUCCCCGUGCUAAAGUCAUAACAGUAACGCACGGUCUCGAGUGGCUUAUUGCUUUUAUAAAACGGCGGUCAACAUGAAAUACAAUAAAUACAACAAUGUUUAAUUCAUAAAUGUAUUUAUUGUGUAUAAACUUACAAUAAAGCAUUCUUCCGCGACGCCAGGUAGUUCGAUUAACAGUGUUGCUAGGCAACAUGAGGGCGAACAUAACAUUGACUUUCUCUAUUCAGUGGCGUAUUAAUAUGGAAUGAUGUGAGAUGGUCCUAGGUGUGCGUUUAUCGGGGAUUUUACAACGGCUUCGAACGCGGCUCAGCCAAUCAGAUUUUAGGACCGGAACUAUCCGUUUUAUAACGUCUGAUUAGUGUUCUUCUUUUCCUUGGCCUUUGUCCCGCUCGGUUGCGGGGUCGGCUCUCGGCGAUUUGGCACAAUUUUUACGCCGGAUGCCCUGCCUGAUACGACCCUCCCUAUUUUAUCCGGGCUUGGGACCAGCACUACAAUGCACUGGUUUGUGCAUCUAGCGGCCAGGUACCUAUAGGACAAUUCAGUGUUUCCAAUUAGCCUGGUGGCAUGUUUUUUGGACUGUGGGAGGGGAGAACAUGCAAACUCUGCACAGAAAGGACCCGGACCGCCCCACCUGGGGAUCGAACCCAGGACCUUCUUGUUGUGAGGCGACAGUGCUACCCACUUAGCCACCGUGCUGCCCUAGUGUUCGAGACAUCUAUGUAGACCAAGCAAUUUAAGGUUUAGAGCCUUGCUCAAGGGCCCAACAGUGGCAACUUGGGAGUGGUGGGGUUUGAACCAGAGAACUUUUGCUUACUAGUUGGCCAGUUGAAGCCUAGUUAAGGUACUGGACUAGAAAAGGUCAACUAGAUCAAAAGGUCGCUGGUUCAAGCCCCGCCACUGCUAGGCUACAACUGCACUAAAUGUCCCAAAGUAUUUGGACGCCUGACCAUGAGCUUGUUGGGACGUCCAAUUUAAAAAAUGACAAGAUAGAGUGACCUCUGUGUGAUCGUUUAGGCUAUAACAGGCUUCUCACAAGACUUUGAAGUGUGUCUGUGUAUGGGAAUUUGUGCUCUUUCAGUCAGAAUAUGACUGGGUGUGGUUGAGGUCAGGGCUCUGUGCAGGACACUGGAGUUUCUUUAUAGAGCCUGCUCAUGCUGGAACAGGAAAGAACCUUCCCUAAACUGUUGCUGCAAAGUCAGAAGACUAUCAUUUUUUAUAUAAAUCUGUUGUGGCUAAAACACAUGAAUUCCGACAUUAGAAGCUGUGUCCAAAUACUAUUGUCCAUGUAGUGUAUGUUUACAGAUGUCAGUGUUAUAACAGUGAUCCAUAAACUGUUCACCUUUUUAAAUCAGUCUGUUUUUAAUCUGAAAUGGAAUGAGGGCAUCAGUUUUUCUGACCUGUAUUUUGUCCAGUGUUUUGUAAAAUGAGACUGUUUCAUUAAUAAAGGACCAAAGUUCCUGCAUCUAAUGUGCAGUGAUUUAA